GAUCUCGGAGAGUGACUUUUUUCAAGCUGGCUCUGUCCGAGGAAAACAUUGAAUGCAGCGUUUUUAAACAAUACGGCUUCUCUCUUGACUUAAAUAUGUAUUUUAAGACGUGCCCUAUUUAACGUUGGUGCUGCAUGUCUCUCCCUAUGCACCAUUUUUCUAGAAUAGGAUUCACACCCUCCAUCUUCCCUGGUGAUUCAAUACGGUAUGAUGUGAUACUGGAACAUCAGUGAGCCAGUGGCGCCUGCUGGAAGAGUGGGAUAGAGCAUGGGAUUGGCCCCCUGAGACAGGAAACACACUCUUAUUCCUGAGGCGCUGAGGUCCCUGGCCCCUUAGGGCCACACGAUAGACUGCGAGCAGCUCUGAGGUAAAUUGCGGGGCUGAAGGGCAUCAUUACUGACCUUUUAUCUUUCUGCACAUUGGAUAGCCAGCCUCACCGGUGGUGAUGGAGUCUGAGGAGCCAGAGCUGAGGGAGUGUGAUGAGGCCUUUGAGUCAGAUGAAGGCGAUGUGGAGUCGUACGUUGAAGAGCCGGAGAGCAGCAGGGAGCUCCUGGAGAGGCUCAGGGAGCUGGAGGCUGAGAAUUCAGCACUGGCCCUUGCGAAUGAAAGCCAGAGAGAGGCCUAUGAAAGGUGUCUGGAUGAGGUGGCCAACCACGUGGUACAGGCCCUUCUGAAUCAAAAGGACCUGCGGGAGGAGUGUAUUAAGCUGAAGAUGCGUGUGUUUGACCUGGAGAGACAGAACAGAACCCUGACUGAGCUCUUUGCCCAGAAACUACACCCCCAGGCCAGCCGUCUGCAACAGUGGCAGUUGGUGUCUGUCCCGGAGCACAGCACAGAGCCCCUGACCAUGCACAGUGACAAGCUGCUGGUGUCCCAAAAUCAGGGGGAACUCAAGAGCAAUGAGGACCGCACACAGAACGGGUCAGCCUGCUCGGCCCGGGCCCCUGCCACCUCCAUGGAGGCCCUGUCUCCAUUCUUCAAGAAGAAAGCACACAUCCUAGAGGUCCUGCGCAAGCUGGAGGAGUCAGACCCACUCAAGUUCCACCCCUCCUCCUGCCUGUCCCAUCACCACGACCUGGGCCAGGCGCUGGUCUCCAUGGAGAGAGACCAGAUGUCCCUGGUGUCCUCUGGGGGGUUACCUGCCCCACAGCGCCUGGUGGCACACCCAUCGUCACACUGCCGCCACUCCAGCUCUGACUCGGACAUCCACGAUUACGGCAAUGGCGAAGGGGCUCUCCAGGAGGACCAUGCCCAGCAUCAGCAACAACAACACGGGGGCUGUCAGUCCUGCCACAUACUCUCCCAGAAGAGCAACCUGGACAGCCUGCUGAAGUGUGCCCAAGGCCAUGGUACCUCACACCAGGCCAGAGUGGAGAUCCUUAACGGGCAGGCCUGGGCAGAGGACCAGGGGGCGUCAGCACAGAGGACAGACCCUCCCCAGGCAGCGGCUCUCCCCCACCUCCUCUCUGCUGACAGCACAAACCAGUGCUACAUGCACAAAACAGCAUUGGACUCUCUAGAGCGCACUCCAGAAGGUCUGGGUUCUUCUGAUCCUUUCCUCUCCUCGUUAAUCCAAGCCAACCUCAACGGGAUGCUAGGGGAGGAGCCGAGGAAGUUACAAAGACACAAAGAUGAGCAUCCGUCCGGCAAACAACCUCCUCCGCCUCGGGCGGAUGUACAGCCCUCUCACGGAGAGGAUGUGAAGCACAUAAAGGCUGUCAUGGCAACGUCGCAGAGCCAGAACGAGGACAGUCCAGAGGAGGGCUGCUACCUGGAAGUAGAGGCAGCAGCGGCACACAAUGUGAACAACAGCCUGCACUCUUCUACCUCACACACAGACCAUGUUGCCAUGGAGACAGACCCAGGGUAUCCCGAGGAGCAGGAAGUGAGUGAUCAGAUCAGCAAUGGGCUCUACUUCUCCUCCAAUGAGACGUCUGUCUCCAAGAAGGUGGCGGUGGAGUCUUACUCUCCAGCCCCAGUGCCUGAGAGGACCAGCUCAGCUCAGGCCCUGCCUCCCUCUGGGAAGAGCAAGCUUGCACUCAGCCCCACCACUCCCUCCUCAGGUCUGUGUGAAGUCAAGCCCUCCCCUAUCUCCUCCCCGUCCCGGCUGCUCAAGUUCCUGAAGAUCCCUACAGGGAUCAACCAGGCACAACCAGGCAACCCCCUCCGUUUAAGUCCCCAGCUCACCCGCAGCUCCAAGAUCCCCUGCAGAAACAACAUCAACUAUGAGGUGUACCACUCUCCCGCCCUGACCCGCAAAGCCACCACCACGGAGAGGGAGAAGCAGCCAUCCUCAUCCUCCUCCAAAACAGACCCCUACCCUGCCACGCACUCCGCCCCCACCUCCCCACCCAAACCAGAGGACAGUGCGGACCCCACUCCCAUGGCCAAAGAAAUUGCUUUCAGCAGCCACUCUGCGCCCAAACCCAGCCUCAGCACAAAGGCACCCCCCUCCACCGCCCCUCAUGCACAAAGGGGUUCUCAGAAGGUGCCCCACUACGAGAAUGUCUGCCCCUCAGAUGGGACGCCCCAGUUCCUGGAGGGUCUUAAGACGUCCCAGUACCUCCCUUACCCCCAACCUGAGGGGCCUGUAGAGAAGCAGCGUCAGCAAGAUGAGAACCUCCGCAGCCCCUCGUCUUCACAGUACCCCGACUCGUCCCCAGGUACAGCUGACCAGGACUUCUCUGACCAGGACACUGACCAGGACACUGACUCAGAGAGCCCCGUCUGGCACAAGCCAAACCAACACUUCAGCCUCCCCUCCUCGUCCUCCUCCGCCGCCAGUAAAGCACACAGUAGUCGCCCCAGCUACUCCAGCAUGAGGGACAGGCACCAGGAGGUCCGGGCAACUCUGGAGCCCAGCCAAGAGAACUGUGAACCUGCCCAGCCAAUCCAGUCUGCAGCCAGGCGAGGUGACCUGUCGCCUGGGUACUCCACCCCCAAGAGACUGGUGCAGGGCAAUCCCCAGAGUGAGUCCAGUCACCACCCCUUCAAAGAGCGCCUGGCUGCUUUGGGAAAACUGAAGAGCACAGAGGACUUGCCAGUAGGUGCACAGUCCGUGGACAAGAAGGAUGCACAAAGUAACGUAGGUAAACCCCCCACCAACAAUAUUGAGAAAAGCAAGACCGCUGAAAGGCAAGGUGAGAGAACUGGGGCAGAGCAGCACAGAAAUCAGAAAUACACUGAUUCCCUGGAUGGGAAGCCCUACCCCAAAACCAGCCUCGGCAGUCACCCUAGGGUGCCAGGUCCAAUACAUGAAUCGGGCGCCAAAUCUUCAGCUACCCCAUCAUCGAUACCCAAGGGAGAGCAGGAGACACCGUUUUCUCCCAGGAUAUAUGUAGCAAAAGCAGAGGGUCCAAAGAUCAAGAUGGGCACAUCAUCCUCCAACACAGAGACUCCUCCAGUGGUGCGGAGCUAUGGGAAAUGCCCCAUCACCCAGAGCCACCACAGUAAAUCUGCCCCCAGCCCCCAAAACAGCCCCACUAAAGUCCCGUCAAAGUCCCCUUCAAAGGUCGGCCAGGCUUCCUCUUACCCCAGAGGGGUCAAACCCAUUCAUGAGGACCGUGCCCUGGCUCAGAGACACCCACUUCGGCCGGAGGACAAAACCAAGCUCACAGCUGGCAAGAAGAAGACCUUUGUCCAUGCAGAGAGCUUCCCGCCUCCUCCUCCUUUGCCACCGCGGCCAUCUACUGAAGCCAUCGCAAAAGAGGACAAGAAGCCGUACUCGUCUGGCCCACCCGUGCCCCAGUCUGCCAUUGAGCAAAAGGUAAUGCGUGGCAUCGAGGAAAACAUGCUGAAGCUGCAGGAGCAGGACCGGGGCCAGGCAGCCGAGCCAAAGCAGAAGGCCUCCAAUGGCAUUGCCAGCUGGUUCGGCCUGAGGAAGAGCAAGCUCCCUGCCCUCAGCCGCAAACCGGAAGUGUCCAAGCUCAAGAUCAACAUGUCCUCCUCUCUUUCGUCAUCCUCUGCCUCUGGCGGAGGGGCUAAGGACCCAAAGACAGGUGGUCCCCAGAAGGUGGUGGAGAGCCUGAACAUCUCCAAGCUGAUGGAGAAGGCAGAGGACCUGCGGAAGGCGCUGGAAGAGGAGCGGGCAUAUGUGAACAGGGUCGGAAUGGACCGCUCUGGCAGAGGCCACUCCUGUGAGGUGGUGAUGGACCAGGCCCAGGGCCAACUGUCACUCAUGUACAGAGGAAUGACAGCAGAGAACUUCAUGCAGCAGCUCCUCAACAGGGUGGACGAGAGGGGAGCUAUACCUACCACCUUUGGAAUGGCACACAGACGCCUCUCCUUUGACUCUAAGAGGUCGCGGCCCAACUUCAGUCACCAGAGGAACGGGAUCAGCCACACCAAGAGCAGGGGUUCAGAUAUGAUCGGCAAGGAUGAGGUCACAUCAGACGAGAGCUUGGCAGAGUCCAUUAGUUCUCAGCACUUUACAGGUUCUGGGGCCUCCAUGCGCACCCUCGACAGUGGCAUCGGCACGUUCCCCAUGCCAGACUACGCCAGUAGCGUGGCAGGGAAGAGCAUCCCUAAGGGGAAGCCACAGGGAGAGCAAGGGUUUUCUUGCUCCCAGGGGAAACAUGGAGCCAUGAUGAAGGUUCCGCGUAAGGCCCGUACACUGGAGAGAGAGCUGUCAUCUCUGGACGAAGUCAACCCGUUUGUCCUGUAUGGCUCAGGGCUGGAGGGAAAAGGUCCCAACAUGCACCUGUCCAGCACCAUCCAAGAAGACAUAGAUGCCUACGGAGCUCAUAUGCAAAAUCCCCCCACCAAGAACUGGACCUUUCCCAAUCUGAAAGGCUCUGCGGGAGCCACUGAUGUUUACUUGGAAGUGCAGGGAGACCUGGACAGCCAGGGGACCCCAUCCAGAAGGAGUUUGAAACAGUGUGUUCCCCAGCGCCCCCUGGCUACUGACCCAGGCAGCCUCCCCCUGCCACCCCAGAUGGGACUCAGCCAGCGGGGUAAGGGGCGGACGCCCAGUGCCCCGGAGGUGGGGAAGGAUGGAGGACUGGAGCUGGUGAAGGAGACCCCAGAGGACAUCCUGUCCCCGAGAGAGACGCCUGAAUCCCUCAGUGACUCCCUCUACGACAGCCUGUCCUCCUGUGGCAGCCAGGGCUGACAGGCCCUAGGACCCAGGGACAGAGAGGGGAGCAGAGAGAGAGAGAGAUGGACCAACCGACACCCUUUAAACCACUGCUAAAGAUGCACCUCCCUUCUUGUAAUGGCGGCCCAGCCCAUGAGGCAGAACAAGUUGAAGUACCUCCUUCCCUCUUUUACACACACACACACACACACACACCUCUCUCUAUGUUGCUGAGAUCUGGUUAGUACUGCUGGAAAACUCACCCUCAGGUUGACUGAUGUUCACACACACAUACAUCAUUUGUGGAACUAGACUGAGAACUGGGCACUGUUGUUCUCCAAGCAACAAGCAUCGGAUGACAGACCAGCUCAACUCAAAUGUACGCACAGACACACACACACACAGACCAGAUGCAUGGACAAACGUCACCUUGUUCGAGACAGCCACAUGCUCACCAUGGUCUGGAUAAUCUGAAGAAUCGUUGUUAAAUAAUUUAACUGGGCUCCUGAGGUCGGCCCCAAGAAGUGGCUGGUAUCAAGGGUUUAUCUUGUCUGCCCUGGAUGUGGACAUGUUUCAGUCAUGGAAAACUGGGUAGCCAUUAAUGCCAGAAAACAACCACAUUUUACUGCCCACUAAAUGUGUCACAAUGUGGGGAUCGAUAUAAUAGACUUCCCUGUUUUCAGUUAUGUUAUUUUUUAAACUGUUGUGCUUUAUAUUACAUGUUAUAUAUCAUGUUAUUUUAAGUUAAAUAAAAAAGUGUGGGUAUGUAUGAAUGGAAGGAUGUGUGUAUGUGAGUGAGACUUAAUGCAGGGUCUCCACACUAGCUUUGACCAUGUCAAUGAUCUCCUGACAGGAGAAAAUAAGUUUACACUUUCCCUGAAGCUGCCAUAUAGUGUGCUGUUUCACAACCUACUGUAACACAUGACGUAACAGAUAGUGGCAGAUCAUGACAACAGCCAUUAUAUUAAACUUAUGACCAGACAUUACCUAGUAGUGUAUGUGUUAUGGACAAUGAAAUGCGAAGAAUCUCAACCAAGAGUCAAAUGUUUUACAUGUGUUUGAUCCAUUGUCAGACUGUUUUAUGUAGUGAAAAAUUUGUCAGGAAUAAUGCCAUUAUAACAGCAUUAUAUAGGCAGCCUAUGACUGCCGCCAUUAACAAUGAAGUUCUAAACUGAGCUGCUAUUUAAAACUCAAAAUGAGAGUUUGACGUGCUAAAAGAGUAAACGAGUAACAGGACUCAUCCACCUUUUAUAUGACUAUAAACUGAGUUUACAUACAUGAGCCAGGAUUCAAUCCAAGGCGCGUUAAAGACCAGCGUACUUUAACAGACUUUUAAAGGUAAUUUGUGCUUAACCUGACAUGCACAGUGUUUACCAUGAAUGCGAUCUCUGUGAACGUCUGGGGAAAAUGCCUUUAAAAGGUGCAUUGUCUGCUGUUUAGUCUGCUGCUCUAUAACUCACCCUGCCAAAAAUCUUGUUUGGCACAGGUUCCAUAUUUAUCCUGCCAGAAACGAUUGAACCGAUAACUCUACUUUUUGUCUAAAACGAUCCACUAAAGCAGAAAGAUGGAUGUAGGCCUUUCUUGUGAAGGAGUAACGAUCCAGCCCCAUUGGACAUAGAGUGGUUGCUUACUUCUGCAAUAUGGGCCAAUGUUUGCCUUGAAUAGGCACAGACAGACAUGCAUUCAAUCAAUUUACUAUUGGACAAUUAAGAAAGACAAAAUGUCUGUGCUAUAGGAAUGUUAAAAAAGACAUGGAUCGUUGUUCGUUCACCAUUGCUGUACUGCAGAUGCUACACCAUGAUGUACACACAAGUGUUUAGGUAGGCUUACAGAUAUUUGUUGCAGGAGGAGUAUUGUGUUUCUACACACAUUUUGCAUUCGUAAGAAUCAGAGGUUAUCCUAAUAGACAAGUGCUGUGUUUAAAUGUAUUUUAAAUUCCCUCUGGCUGCCAAAAACACAGUUUUUAUGUUCAAAUGCAUGUAGUUUCAGGUUGUGGCAGCCCUGUCUGUGGCCAAACACCUAUCGUUAAACAGUGCAAGGAUGUCAUCACCCUAUGAGCAGAACUUUAAAAGAAAGGAGAAGCACUUGAAAGCAAUAUUGUUUUUUGUACAGUUGUUUCAUUCUUCUUUUGCAAACAAAAUAUAAGAUGAUAGGAGAUGCCAGUCGAUCCUAGCCGACUGGGGAACUUGUCUAUAGUGCACUACUCUGGUUAAAAGUAGUGCACUGUAUAGAGAAUGUAGUUCCAUUUGGAAUGCUGCCCUUGUUUAAACGGCCACUUCAUAACAGCACCAAGAGACACUAAGAAGGACAUGGACUCCUCCCUCCCUGCCCAUGUACUUGAUUAUGUCCUCAUAAGUAGUUCCAUCCGCUUCAUAACUCCCCACAAACUCCUUUAGCGAUAAGACAUCCUUGUGCUUCCAAACUCUGCGCUUUCAGAAGAAUGUGAUCUUUCAAAACUGAUAUGGAUUUGGCAUUUUUUUAGUAUACAUUUUUUCAUAAGCCCACUUUGAACCUUGCCUGUCCUUUAGCUCCCAUCCCCCCCGAGUUAACAAAAUAACUACUGUGUUAUACCAUGGAAAUGGAGAUCUGACUGUUACUGUAUGUACACUCCGCUGUGAGAACAGAUCGAUUUGAGUUGAAGAGGUAGUCUUCCAGAAUAUCUGCUGCCAUUCCACCCUUUCAACUCCAUCUGAAUUAUGGCACAAUGAAAACAAGGGUUUGACAUGAAGUCCAUUCGCUUUACAAUCAUCUCAUAAUAACAAUGUUUCCAUGGGACAUAUUUAACACACAAUCAUUUUGUCUUGGAGUACUGUGUUCUACGUUGCGGCCAAACCAUAUGAAACUAAAUUAUAAUUAACCAACUACAGUACUUCAGAUGGAAGCAUUUUUCAUUCCACUAGAUUGCUCUUACAUAGGAACCAAUACUUUCUUUACCAUACUCUUAUUCUGUAUUCCUCUGGAAGUAACUGGGAGAUCCCUAGGUAGCUACAUGUUAACACCAUGGUAACACAAGUAAUCUAUCUGCAGGGAAGCCUCCCACUCUGUCAGUCAAACAUGAGUCAAGCCCCAGUCAGGGGUCUUAGCAACACCAUAUACCUUAACUAUGGCAAUGCUGACCAGGGUGGAGUGGCGUUAUGUUGUAGUGAAAUCUUUACUUAAUAUGUUUGCUUUAUGGACUUUAUCUCACUUCAUUCAAAGAGGUUGUUGCAGCUCUAUCUAUUUGAUGUAUUUAUUUACUUAUUUAUUUUUUAGGGCAAAUCAUACUCAAAUGAACUUUUUGUUAUUGUUGUUAUAGACGUUUUUCUUCUGAUACCCCUUAUUUUUGUACUAUACUCUUCUUAUUUUAUUCUAUUGAAUGAAAGGUUGUUGUUGUUUUUUCAUGAGAGGCCUGUGUUUGGUGUUGUUCUGUUGACUGGGGUAUUCUCAUUUUAUUACUCUGAUUUUGUAAAUAGUAUUUCAAGUUGUUAUGUACAUAGCAUUUCCACCAGAACUCAAAUGAAGCCAUAAACCGUAAUGUAUUUUAUCAAGGUAGUAAAAACACAAUGAUGAUGAUUAUGUUCAUUUAUGCAAGAACCCAACAAAUAAAAAUGUAUCAGAGCUA